AUGGGGAUAACUGAUAUACUUUGUCAAGCCUUACAACAACAAUCUCAGGAUAUAGUUAAUGCCAUGUGUUUGGUUGGAACAACAAAGUAUCUUAUUCAAGUAUUGAGAGAAGAUGGUUGGGAUGCAUUAUUUACUGAAGUGAAGAACUUUUGUGAAAAACAUGAUAUUGAAAUUCCUGAUCUCAACGAUGUUCAUUCAACAACAAAAUUUGGACGAUCUCGUCUUCAACAAGGUCAGGUUACAAUAGAGCAUUAUUUUAGAGUUGAAAUAUUUUUUACUGCCAUUGAUCAACAAUUACAAGAGUUGAAUAACAGAUUUAGUGAGCAAGCAAUAGAUUUGUUAACUCUAAGGUGUGCUUUGACUCCUAAGGAUAAUUAUAAAUCUUUUAACAUUGAAAAAAUUUGCACUCUAGUUGAAAAAUAUUACCAUAUGGAUUUCAACAUGCAAGAGAAGAUUAAUUUGAAAUUUCAACUCCAACAUUUCUUAAUUGAUGCUCGUCAAGAUUUAAAUUUGAAGAAUUUAUCAACUAUCCAAGAAUUGUGCUCAUGUUUGAUUGCAACUAAAAAGACGCAAAAUUUCUACUUGAUUGAUAGACUACUUCGUCUUAUCAUGACUCUUCCGGUUUCUACUGCCACAACUGAAAGAUCUUUUUCAGCAAUGAAAAUUAUUAAAUCAAGGUUAAGAAACAAGAUGGAAGAUAACUUUUUGGCAGAUACCAUGACGAUUUAUAUUGAAAGGGAAAUUGCUACAAGUAUCACUUCUGAGUCUAUUAUUGAUGAUUUCAAGUUAAUUAAAGAGCGUAGAUCAUUACUUUAA